AUGGUCGAUAGGGAAUUGAUCACACCAUUAAACGAGUACGUCGAGAAGCUUAAUGACCGAGUAUUUAGCAUCUUUCCUGGAAAAGAGGUUAUAUUCUGCUCCUUUGAUUUUGUGGACGACGAUACUCACGGUCUUUACCAACAAGAAUACCUGAACAACAUUGUUCCUGGAGGUUUGCCAUCACACAUUUUGAAAUUGAAGAUCGGUGCUCCUAUUAUGUUGUUGCGGAAUGUUGAUGCAAAAAAUGGUCUAUGUAAUGGUAUCAGGUUAAUAAUCAAAGAGUUCUUCCCAAAUUGUAUGGAUGCUGUAAUAAUUAGUAGAAAUUACAUAGGUACACGAGUCUUCAUUCAUAGGAUGCCACCUGAGAAUUUGAAGCUCCCGUACAAGUUUAAACGUAAACAGUUUCAUUCGUUUAUGUUUCGCCUUUACAGUCAACAAGGCGCAAGGGAAAACGAUCGAAAACGCGGGUAUCUGUUUCCCUGA